GCGGUCUACCUGAUCCCUCGCGCUGAUUGGCUAGAGCAGAAAAUACGCGCCACAUGUCGGAUUCGAAGUAAACAGUGGCGCACUCCUGCCAAAUUCUUGAAUUAUCCGCUUAUAACAAGUUUUGUAUUUUUUGAAUUAUGUACCUUAUGUUAUGCGAUAACAGAUAACCGCUCUUAACUUUUCUUUACGAUCAAUUUCUUGCUUUAUAUUGGCCACUGGCGUCAUGUGGCCGGUUCCGUGAUUCGUUAUAAAAAUCUACUCGAGCCGGUGAAUACUUUAUGCAAACUUAGUUUAGAAAGAAUAUUGUUGACAAGUAAAAUAUAAUGGAUUGUGUUGCAACCGGAGGAAACGUGAAAGUUUUAGCAAAAGCCAUACAUUCCCUGUCAAGAAUCGGAGAGGAGCUGUAUUUGGAGCCUUUGGAGGAUGGGUUGGCCCUGCGGUCGGUCAACUCUUCCCGGUCAGCCUUCGCCUGCUUCCUGCUGUCUCCUCUCUUCUUCCAGAGAUAUCAGGCUCCUUCAGACCAGAGCUUUCGCUGCAAGAUGCCCAUCAAGAGCGUUCAGGCUGUGUUCAAGUCCCUGGCGUCUCUGGACCGGUCUGUAGAAAAAUGUCGUAUUCAGCUGAACAGUGAAAAGAGUCGGUUGACCAUAACUCUGCACUGUAAACACGGGCUCUUGAAAACACACAAUUUGUCCUAUCAGGACUGUGAGAGUUUGCAGGCCGUGUUUGAUAAAGAGAGCUGUGCAAACGUGCUACAGGCUCAACCCAGGUUGAUGGUGGACACAGUUCUGCAUUUCCCUCCGUCUCUGGAGGAGGUGAAUCUGUCAGUGAGCAGUGAUCGCGUGUGGCUCAGGAACCACGUGGAGGAUGAUACAGACUCGUCACGUGCAAUGAUGACUGAACUGUGUUUGAGCUCGGAGGAGUUUGAUCAUUUUGCUGUCGGCAGUCAAACCAGCGUCACCUUCUGCCUCAAAGAGCUCAGGGGUUUGCUUGUAUUUGCCGAUUCGUCUGGUCUUCCAGUUUCUAUGUAUUUUGAUGAGCCAGGCAGUCCAGUUAUCCUGAGUGUAACAGACAGUGUUCUGGAGGCUAAUUUUGUCCUCGCUACACUGUCAGAGGACUCGCAUCCAAAGAACCACGUCAACUCCAACACAAAACGCCCUGACACAGAACAACCAGCAGACGACUUCAUGAGCGACGACAUGGACUCGUUUCUCAUUGCCAUGGAGACCAGCGAACUUCCUGGACCGUCACAAGUCCCCACAUCCCCACCACAACCUACCAAUGACAGAAAGCACUCCUUCAGUGAAGAGGAGCAGGAGGAGGAAGCACUUGUAGAAGGACCUCCCAACAAAAAGUUUUGUUCACUUUUCUUCGGUUCAGUUCUGCCCACUCCCUCUCAGUUGCCCAAUCAGACGAUGCAGAGCCAGGAAGUGCUCGCAAGUGACAGUGAAGAUGAAAAUCAGACAGAAACAUCAUAACCGCCCAUCAGU